AUUUGGUGCACUUUUCAUAUCCUCAUGAGCUAACGAAUGCCUGGAGCUCCAAGAUCUUUUAGUUACGACAGGAGAAACCAAGAUAAUUUUCUGCAGUGUGGAUAACAGCCUUUCAGCAGUAUGGGUUCUAACCAGAGCAGUGACAAGCUUUACUGUAAUCGUUAUCUCGAUGGACAGGGUCCUCCAUCGCUGGUUGAACAAGCUACUGAACAGGCAAAUGGGAAGUUCAGUACACUAAGUGGGUGCCAACCAGAUGGUAAAAUGACCUGGGAAGUUAUCAACAGAGGCCUAGCUGGAUUUCCUAAUGAUAAUACCCUGAAGAUUAACUUCUCAUUCCUGGAAGGAAAACAGACGGAGAUGCACCCUCACCCUGGCCAGCAUUAUGCUGGGGAAGUACUCUGUGCUUACCUGCCUGACAACCAUGAAGGCAAGAAGGUUCUUGCUCUGCUGGAAAAGGCAUUCAAUCAGAAGCUUCUGUUUAGAAUAACCACAAAUGGAGAUGGAGAGGACGUUAUCACUACAAGUUCCAUUCCACUAAAAAUACAGUCAGAAGGUGGAAACAUAUUUGAUGGCCCAGAUGCUGACUACCUGAAGACUAUGAAAAAGCUACUGAAUGGCAUUAAAUAACAUAAGACAUACUGGUUAAUAGAUGGAUAAAGCUACAUUUUUUCUUUUUCCUGUAGCAGAAUUAAGAAGAAAAGGUGGUUGCAGUUUAGGAUGAAAAGCAGAUUGUGUACUGAAUAGUUUGGUGGUUUAGUCCUGUCUGCAUGCCAGUAAUAUUCGCCCACUACGCAACCACCAAUUUACAUGUAAUAGAUAAGUUAUACGCAGAACUAUAUGUAAAAUUAAGCCCUGCUUAUGCCCCCUGGCUAUUAGUGUAAAGAUUUAAGUAGAAUGGAAAAAAAUAAUAGAUUAAUUAUUUUAUAUAUUUUAUUUCUUAUGCAUACUUGUAUUGUGUUGUUGUCAAUUAAAAAUAGCACAGAUGUUGA